AUGUAUGAAGGCAAAAUUGUUGAGAAAUUGAAUAAUCAAAAGAAUUCCAUAAAGGCUAAAGUGGAGAAACCUAAGAUGGUUAGAAAAAGAAGUAAUAAUUUUUUCUAAAUUUAAAGAAAAAAUGAAGGAGAUACUUUCAUAAUUUUAGUAAGAAAAUUAUUUUUUAUUUUCUAAAGGGUAUAACAGGAUGAACAGGUUAUAUUGCAAAAGGGUAGCCAAGAAUUCAAUGGUCUAAUUUUGGAUUAUGGAAGAUUUAUCUAUUCUAAUUUCAAAAUCUAAUAUACUCACAAUAACGAAAUCUAAUAUCUAAGAGAUGGGUUAAUCAUAAGAACGUAUGAGUUAAUAACUAUAAUUUAGAGAUUAAAUAAUAUAUACUGCAAGAAAACCUGAAAUUCUAACCAAUUUAGAAUAAAUAAAACAUCUAUAAUGGUUUGGAUAAGUUAGAGAAAAUAAUCAUAAGAUAGGCAAAUGGAUAGCCACAUGGUAAAGUGAAACAAUCAAAGAUGUAGGUGGAUAAUAUAGUUAAAUUCACAAUUUUUCAUCAAACCACAUUCAGAGGAAGGCAAAAAGUAAGGCCGAUGGCGAGAAUUAAUUUAAAAUUAUUGGAUGCAAGGUACAAAUCAUUAUUAAUAAUAUAGCUAAUGCUUUUGAAGUAGGAGAAUAUGAUGAUGGAACAAGGAUAGGGAACUGGAAAUAUCUCUCUGAUAAAAAAGAAAUAUAUAUAUGAUAUUUUGAUUUUUUCAUUAAGUCAAUUGAUUAAGUAAAUAAUCAAUUUAUUUUGA